GAACCAGUCUAAGUCUUGAAUGUUCUUCCGGUUUUCUACGUUGUAGAGGGUGUCAUAUGUAAAUAAAAAAAUCGUCUCUUUCGUCAUUUAUUUUGGAAGCAUGACGUGUUGAAGUACGCUCAAUAUAUUUUUUUUGAUUGCACUUCCUUAAUUUCUGACGGGAUUAAAAGUUUGCAAAUAGCAGAGACAUGGCAUUGCAGUGGACCUUUGUGGCUUCUUUUAUGUACCUUGAAAUAGGAGUUGUGAUAGUGUUACUUCUACCAUUUGUUUCCCCUGCCAGGUGGCAGAAGAUUUUCAGAUCACGGAUUGUCUCAAAUGUAUCAUCAUAUUCCUACAUCUACUUCAAUGUGUUCAUUGCAAUACUUUUGCUUUUGUUUGUGGAUUCUAUUCGAGAAGUCCACAAGUACACAGAACCCACGGAAAAUGUUGAUUUAAAACACAACCAAGACUCCGUCAACGUAGGCCUGAUGAAAUUGUUCCGUGCUCAGAGAAAUUUCUACAUCUCUGGAUUUGCUCUGUUUCUUUGGUUCAUCAUCAGACGUCUGUUGACCUUGAUUAAUGAAGAAGCCAAGCUUGGUGCCCAAUGCGAAGCUUACAAGAAGCAGGCAGAGAGUGCUACUGCGGCGGCCAAACGUCUGAUGGAGGAGAAGGACAACACUGUUAACAAGAGUAAAGAAUAUGAAGACCUAGAUCCAGAAGAGAAGAGCCUCGCUAUGAAGUUGGACCAGACAAAAGAGGCUUUAGUCAAGACUAAAGAAGAAUUGAAGAAAACAAAGGUUGAUCUAGAAACACUGAAGUCUCAAGCUACAAGCACAAACAAUGAAUAUGACAGACUGCUACAGGAGCAUGAAAAAUUACAGGAAAAACUUGACAAAGAUGGCUCAAAGAAAGACAACUAGCUUGCUGAUUUUCUACACAACAGUGAUAAGAAAUCAAAAUCUGUUGUAAAAGCUGCAUCAUAAAUGAGAAUUACCAAUAUUUUCCAAGUUUCACCCUUGCUGCUUGGUAUUUUCGUAUUCCCAAGUCAGACAGAAACCUAAUUCUGUAGAACUAAUGUUAUUUUAUUGAUCGUUAUUUAUAAAACUUGUGUUUUGUAUCAGAUCUUGUGGUGUUUAUAUUUACUUUAUAGCUUUGAUAUUAGAAGGGAUUGUGGAAAUCAUUGUCUGGACAACAUUUGGACCUAAUUUUGUACAUAAUAAAUUCUCUUUCAAUAUCAUUGUUAAAGUGCAGUGGUCUAUAACUUUGUAUUUUUACUCUCUGAUAUACCGAUACAAUUAAUAACUUUUUAAAGACAAUUCUCAUGAAUAUGACCCUUAUAUCAAUAAAUGAUAUUUAUUUAUAGUAUUUUCCUUGGAUGAAAUAUAAGAAAAGCCAAAGACCAUUUCACUUUAGCAAAUCUUAGAGAGGAUUGUUCGAUUUGAUUGAAUUCAUACAGGCACUGAUUGUGUGAAGCAUACAAGACAAUGCCUUGGAAUAGAUGUGAUUAGGCGUUACCCUCGAGUGCAUAUAUAUUAUAUGCUUGAAAAAAAAAACUGUAUUUGAUGAAUUUAAAGUUAGUGUAUUUUUAAGUUAACUUAGGUAGCUAACAUUUUCUUUCUAUUUUUGUGUACAUCUAUGUGCAUAAACUGUGUGCAAAAUAUUCAAUUUUGUUUUAUUUUUCAGAGGAGUGGAAAUUAGCUUUUAAUGUAACACCUAUGUUCAUGAACAGAAUUUAGGUGUUUUAAUACAUCCAUGUGCAAAAAUAUCAAGAGUUUCUCUGCUAAGUGUUAUUUAAAAAAAAAAAUAUGUGAUUUACAAAGAACCAGUGUAAAAAAAAAAAAUGACUGGAAAGAUAUUUUUUAAAAUUUUGCUUUUUUGGGUUAUUAUAGCAAGUUCCCUGCAGAUUUGUUCAAUAGAUAGCUUUUUGAAUGAUCAAGAAAAUCAGUUAUCCUGCACUUAUAGGCAUGCAAAUAUUGGAGAUAAUUUGUGCAAUAAAUGUAUAAAAUAUC